AUGGAGCCGGUAGCGACCUGGACCCCCGGGAAGGUGGCAGCUUGGCUAAGAGGCCUUGAUGAUUCCCUGCAGGACUAUCCCUUUGAGGACUGGGAGCUGCCGGGCAAGUACCUGCUCCAGCUGUGCCCCCGCAGCCUCGAAGCUCUGGCUGUGUGGCCUCUGGGCCACCAAGAGCUCAUCCUGGAUGGGGUGGAACAGCUCCGGGCCCUGAGCUCUGGACUGCAGACAGACAACCUACAGAGCCUAACAGAGGGACUGCUGGUGGCGACCCACACCUUCCAGAGCUUAGUCGAAGGCCGUCUGGGGGCCUGUGCUGAGACCCCUGCCGAUGUCCUUAGCACGGCUGUGGAGCUGGUGCAUGAGGCUCAUAACCUCCUCUUCUGGCUCAACAGAUACCUCUUCUCCCACUUCAAUGACUUCUCAUCCUGCCAAGAGAUUGGGGAGUUGUGCGGGGAGCUGGGCCAGGCCUUGCAGGAGGAUUGCCCAGCGGCUGAGAAGGAGAGCCGAGUCCUGAGAAUCUGCUGCCACGUGGCCGGGAUCUGCCGCCACAUCCUGAGCUGCAGCCCCGAGGAGUUGCUGGAGCAGAGGGCCGUGCUAGAGCAGGUGCAGUUGGACGAUCCUUCGGGCCUGGAAAUCCAUACCACCAGCAACUGUCUUCACUUUGUGUCUCAAGUGGGCACCCAGGUCCCCACCAACUCCUGGCUGCAGAUCCUGCCUGGAGAUGAGGUUGUCCAGAUCAACGAUCAGGUGGUGGUGGGCUGGCCCCAUAAGAAUGUGGUAAGGGAGCUGCUGCGAGAGCCAGCCGGGGCCAGCCUAGUGCUGAAGAGGGUCCCAGUGCCGGAGACCCCACCACAGGUACCUCCUCAGGUCCUGGACUCUCCGUGUCUGAGGAUCCAGUCACUGGCUCUGGCCCCACUGUCUCCCAGGGCCCUGUCAGAGGAAGUCUUCGCCUUCGACCUGACUUCGAGCCCAAGUCCUGGGCCCAACCCUGCCUGGGCAGACUCUGCCUCCCUUGACCCUAAGCCUGUGCCCAUCCCCCCUACGCCCCCAGCCACACUCCUGGCAGAGACAGCAGAGACUCCGAAGCCCCCAGGACACCCUGACAAGAGUCCUGUUCCUGAUCGGAAGAAAUCAAAAGGGGUGGCGACACGGCUGAGCCGCCGGCGGGUGUCAUGCCGGGAGCUGGGCCAGCCUGACUGCGAUGGCUGGCUGCUGCUGCGCAAGGUGCCCAGCGGCUUCAUGGGCGCACGCUGGCGCCGCUGCUGGUUUGUGCUCAAAAGACACACACUCUACUGGUACCGUCAGCCCCAGGAUGAGAAGGCCGAGGGCCUCAUCAAUGUCUCCAACUACAGCCUGGAAAGUGGACAGGAUCAGAAGAAAAAAUAUGUGUUUCAGCUCACCCACGAUGUGUACAAACCCUUCAUCUUCGCUGCUGAUACCCUGGAGGAUCUGAGCAUGUGGGUGCGCCAUCUCAUUACCUGCAUUUCCAAGUACCAGUUUCCAGGCCAGGCCCCCCAACCCCGAGAGGAAGACUGCUACAGUGAGACAGAAGCAGAAGACCCUGAUGAUGAGGCUGGGUCCCACUCAGCCUCACCCAGCCCAGCCCAAGCCUGUAGCCCCCUCCGUGGAGACACAUCACCUGCAGCCACCCCCAUGCAGGGCAGCCCACAGACUUCCUUCAGCCCUCCAACAGACAGUGGUGAAGGGGCACUGGAAGGAAUGGUACGGGGGCUGAGGCAAGGUGGUGUGUCCCUUUUGGGCCAGCCACAACCUCUCACCCAUGAGCAAUGGCGGAGCUCCUUCAUGCGGCGUAACCGAGAACCCCAGCUCAAUGAGCGAGUGCACCGGGUGCGGGUGCUACAGAGCACACUCAAGGCAAAGCUGCAGGAGCUGCAGGUCCUGGAGGAAGUGCUUGGAGACCCAGAGCUGACUGGAGAGAAGUUCCGACAAUGGAAGGAGCAGAACCAGGAGCUGUACUCAGAUGGCCUGGGAACCUGGGGAGUGGUGCAGGCUGAGGGCAGCUUUCAGGUCCUGACCUCUGACUCCAGAGAACAGUCCUCCCACUCUGACCCUGAGGAGCACUCCCAUCUCUGCCCCCUGACCCCAAAGAACAACCUCAAACCUCCUGACCUCUGA